ACUUUUGCGUAAGUGGAGGCAAUUAUGCAAUCAACAGACGGGAUGCAAAACUAUUCAUGUAUUUUUGAAAUAACUAUAUUUACGAAACAGCACAAACUUAAACUAAUUAUAGUAUAUCGACAAAGCAGCAAAAAUGUGUUAUUGUAUCAUAAACACAUUUCAUCACGUGAAUAAUUAUAGCGUCACGUGACCGUGUGUUUAGUCAUGGCCGACGACUGCAGACGACAGGGUUUUGAGCUGGAGAGAAGGAUUUUUGAGUUGGACAGUAAGUGCGCCAGCCUCAGGACCGAGAAACAAGAUGAUGACUAUUUACAGAAUGCGUCUGCAAUACUAGACAAGUUGAAAAGCUUUUACAGACAAGGCGGAGAGAGUAGCAGUCUACCUAAACUGCUUCAGGAUUACACUCAGGUGAUCCUUGACAUCACAUUCUAUGAGGAGAACAAGCUGGUGGACCAGGAGUUCCCAGAGGACUGCUCACCCUUUAAAAUACAGCAGCUGCUGCAGGACCUCACAGAGCCAGAGGUGCUUGCAGGGAGGCUGGCACCAGCCCAAGAGGUGCAGUCAGUGCUGGGACUAGAGGUGUUAGAGUGCCUCUACUGGAGACGUGGAGCACUGCUCUACAUGUACUGCCACACCCUCCACCAACGCAAGCAGUGGAUCAAGAAGAACAAGACCACUUUCCUCAAGUGUAUUCAGGAGGGUGUUCGCUACCUGAUGAGGAUGCUCCAAGUGAGGAACUCUGUGAAGCUCAAUGACGGCGUGGUGUUUCAUGACUCUGCUACUGCCAACUUCCUGGCUGAAGGGAUCUUCUCAGACACACACUUGCUGACCAUGAUGUACAUCGGGGAGAUGUGUUUCUGGGCAGUGAAGUAUGAGGACUGCAGCGUGGAUUCCACGGAACGAAAAGAGGACCGGCUCCACUUCCGAGACAUUGGGACACAGAUCUUACACAAAUACGUGCUGGCCUGUGAGGGCCCUCUUCAGGGCCAGGGCUGGAACACUGAGAAUGCCAAGGAGAUCCUUAGUAUCUUACAGUGAGCCAGGAAGGGCACAGGGUACAAGUUGCUUUCUGGUACUGAUAUAGGAUCAGAUUCAUCAAACCCCAAAUUGUAAUGCUAAGCAUUUAGGAUGGGGAGGGGCAAUCUGGCCUUAGAUCAGUUUCUAGGAGCAACUUCUUACUGUUCUCAAAGGCUCCAGCUGACUGAUAGGGUGGAGGUUGGGGUAAAGGGAGGUGAAGAAUAUGAGGCAAGGUUACGGAAGGAUGUUAAUGAAAUGUUAUUUUCCCUGUCCCCUGCAAGAAGCACUUAUCUUCCAGAUUCAGACUGUUGGUGGGGCAUGUUUUCCUUUGAGAAUUUGGCAUAAUAAUAUUAAUAAUAUUAAGACUAUUAAAAAAAUAAGAAAUUGAUACAAAAAAAGAUUGUUGAAGAUUAAUGAUAAUCCAGCUGAUGAGACAUGCACAGCAAGUGUUUUUAUUUAUUAUUUUAUUUCUUGUUAUGUUUUUUUAAUUGCAUUUAUAUACAGUAUAUAAAUAUAUAUUAAAAAAGGUAAGGUGGGGAAAACUGAGUUGGAGACUGACAUUAAUGACCAUUUUCAAGUAUGUACAGUUUUGUUGGAAAUAUCAGCUUUGUAAUAUGCCACCUCACUGCCACCUCACUUAUAAAAACAACAAAAAAAAACAUUUUUUUGGCCACUAAAAAGGAGUAAUGUCCCAGUAAUGGGAACUUUGAUAUUUUGAUAGUAUGCUUUUCAAUGGAGAAUCUCGAUGUUGGUGUUCUUUUUGGAAGAUAAAAAUGUAUUUCAUGAA